AAUACUACUGUAGUUCGCCCACCAAAAUCGACCGGCAACAACCAGAGAGAGUAGUUGGCUGUAUUUAAAAGAAAUUAAUGCUUUGUGUGAAUAUCCAUAGAUAUGAGCCCACAUCUCACAAACUUGUAUAUGUGUGAGAAGUGAAAAUCCAUUUACUUAAUAGAGUUUGAAAAAUGGUUCCCGGGUCAACAAAAACCAAGCUCUAUGAUGCUGCAAAAAAUGGAGAUGUAGCAACAUUGCAAGAAUUGGUGAAACAAGAUCCGAAUCUUGUUGGUGAAGUUUUAUAUGCACACUCACGAAAUGUUCUUCACAUAGCAGCGAUGCAUGGGCAAGAACGCAUCGUUGAGGUGUUGAUAUUCCACGAACAGCUAGCUCGAGAUUUAGACUCACAAAAUUCGACAGCCCUUCACAUAGCAGCUGCGCAAGGGAAUGCCGCAUUAGCCACAAAAUUGUUAUCAAUGGCCCCUGAGACACUCUGGUGGCGAGACUGUCAUGAUAUGAACCCGGUUCAUAUUGCAGUCAUCCAUGGGAAUGUUGAAAUCUUGAGAGAGCUGCUUCGGCGCGAUUAUUCUCCAGCUUUGGAAAGGGUACGUCACGGACAGACUGUGCUGCACUUGUGCGUUAAACAUGGCCAGGAGGUAGCAUUCAACUUUUUGUUGACGAGGUUGGGGGAGCUUAUUUGUGCCAAGGAUGAUGAUGGCGACACAAUAUUGCAUCGGGCUGCUAGGUGCAAACAAUUAAAGUUUGUCGCAGAAUUGGUGGAGAUGGAUAAAAUAGAGCUGCAGACACAGAAUUCUUUGGGCAAAACAGCGAUGCAAAUCUUGACAGAGAGUGAUCCAUCCAUAACUCAUGAAGAUUUACACAUGCUAAAACCUAAGAUUCCAUCAACAAUUAAUAAAAUAUCAAAGGUCUUCCCCGACCUGAUCGACACGACAAUGGUGGUGGUGGUCCUGAUAGCAACCAUGGCGUUCCAGGCUGCUGUCAGCCCCCCAGGCGGGGUGUGGCAGGAAGACACGACAUCACACAAGGCUGGAGAUGCGGUGAUGGCAUCAACUCAUCCCAAACUAUACAAACAGUUCAUUCGUGCUAACAACACAGCCUUCGUAUCAUCAAUCAUCACAAUCUUCCUCAUCACUACCCGGCAGCCAUCGGGACGCAUUUUUUUCAUGCUCAUCUCCUUAUUCACAACGUGGGUAUCACUUGCAUCUAUUUCACUCAGCUAUGGAGCUUCCAUAGUGGUCAUCUCUCCGAAUACAGACACACAAUCACUUGUUGUUCUUAUUAUCAUUGUGGUGGUUGUGUCACUAAGCAUCAUAGGAUUCAUAUUUGUGUAUAAUACUAUCAGUGAAUGCCGGACGAGAGAUAACCAUUCAACUCUUCGUCAAAUAAAGACGCUGGAGGAUAUACUCAUCUUCCUCACUGAAAAGCUAAUUGUACGAUCGUCCCAGCCAGUGCAGUGGAAUGUAGAACAAGGGGGGGUGAUACGAAGCAGCCCAAGCCCAAGCUCAAUCCCAACGUCUCCACCCAGCCCGUAAUCUACAAAGGCCCAACUACUUGAAAGAAGACUUCAUCUAGUGUUGUUGUUAGAUUAAUUAGCAUGUCGCCACUUCUCCAUUAUCUCCACUUCCAUCUGCAUUAGCUCACAUUUCCCAUUUAUCUAGUUAGUUGCAAACUGCUGUUUUUGUUCUCUAUAGAUAGGGUAGGCAUCUUUUGCAUUAUUAUCAUCAAGUAAGAAAAAAGCAUAUUUUCAUUUCAUUUA